AUGACGGUUUCCAACUCUAUCAAGAUAUUCCGCACUGUCCAGCAAGUCAGACAAUGGAGGCAGCAUUGUCUUUUGAACCGAGAAACGGUUGGCUUUAUACCAACUAUGGGAGCUUUGCAUGAUGGACAUUGUACUUUGGUGAACCAGAGUUUGAAGGACAAUGACAGGACCGUAGUUUCUAUCUUCGUAAAUCCUUCUCAGUUUGCUCCCCAUGAGGACUUGGAUGCCUAUCCUCGGACGGUGGACACCGAUAUGAAGUUGUUGUCUCAGAAAUUUGUCUCUAAGCCUGUAGAUGCUGUGUUCAUUCCCAAGAUUACAGAGAUGUACCCUUCAGGAAUCACCCUAGAUGUCGCCAAUCAGAGAGGGGCUUUCGUGACAGUUCACGGUUGUUCUGAACAGCUUGAGGGAGUAACAAGACCGCAGUUUUUCCGUGGUGUUGCUACGGUUGUUACCAAGUUAUUGAACAUAGUCACGCCAGAUAGAGUGUACUUUGGUCAGAAAGAUGCCCAGCAGUGUGUAGUGAUAAAAAACUUGGUCAGGGACUUGUUGAUAAAUACAGAGGUCAAGGUCCUACCCACCUUGCGUGAACAAAACGGCUUAGCCAUGUCUUCCAGAAAUGCCUACUUGUCAGACUCCACUAAACAGGAAAGUGCUGUCAUCUACCAAGGCUUGACUGCUGGAGCUACUUUUUACGAACAACAAAAAGAUAACGGAGCCGGGAAGGUAUCUAGUGCGGAAAUACUAGACAAAAUCAAAAAGGUGUAUACUUCUAACAAGGAUUUUGAAGUGGAGUACAUUGCUGUCAGCCACCCAGAGACGUUGGACGAUUUGGAGUAUGUAGUUCCAGGCACAGGAGCUAUCAUCUCCACCGCCGUUAGGGUUCCAAAGGAAGACGGUUCUGGUGUGGCCAGACUCAUAGACAACGUUGUGCUCGUAUAG